UGACGCUUAAUUUAAUGUUCGAUCUUGACUAGCGGCAGUACGCAAAUGGUUUUGCCUUUACUGUUUCCCCUUUAUCUACAAAUCAUUACGCAUGUUGAAAUUAAUAUUCAUAUUCAAUUUUAGGUCAUCACAUAAUCAUCUUAUAAAUACUUGUUAAAAUUAUAACAUGCUAACAGUGGGGUGCUAAUCUUAAAAUUAUUCAUUUCUCUCCUUCUUCCUCCAUGGCAUCCCAACAACAACAAUCCAAAUGGGAAGGCAAAUCCAUUGCCAAUCUAAAAGGUCCAAAACCUGAACAAGUAUGGCCACUCCUUGAAGAUUUCUUCAACUUCCACAAUUGGCUACCUACCCUUGACACUUGUUACCAACUUAACCAUAACGACGGACUACUUAUCCGGUACUGCGCUAGCACCGUAUCACCAUCAUCAGCCAGUGGAGAAGCGAUCGUCAAGUGGUGUCACGAGAGGUUGUUGACCGUUGACAAGAUCAAACGGUGUCUAAGCUACGAGGUGUUGGAUAACAACAUCGGAAUCAGGUCGUAUGUAGCUAUGUUUAAAGUAUUCGCAUCGAAUGAUUGUGAUGAGAGUGGGUGCCAGAUCGAAUGGUCGUUCAUUGCUGAUCCGGUUGAUGGGUUGACUUUGGAAAGUUUUUCGGGUUACCUUAAUUCUUCCUUACAAGACAUGGCUGGAAAAAUUGAGAAAGCAUUAGAAUCUAGUUAGGUGAUUCUGCUAGCUUAGAGAGUUAAUAAACAUGCCUGUUAAAUUAUAUUAUGAGAUAAAACACUUGAUCCUGUAAUGUUUCACUUGGACAGGUAAGUAGUGAUUUUAUUGUGAGAAAUGGAUAGUAGCUUAUCUUGAUUGCUGUUAUUCUAAAACACCUGAUCCUGUAAUAUUAUGAGGUAUACUUUUCUUAGUUAUUCUUAAACAAAAUAAUACUCUCCGUUUAUUUUUUA